AUGGUAGCAAAGGUUCACCAAUCUACUGACCAGACCCCAGACCCCCCAGUACAAACCCCAGACCCCUCCAGUUCCCCUGACACCUCACCCAGCACCUCUUCCAUCCCCUCGCCCUGUCUUUCCCCUAUCGACACGUAUUUUAUCACAGAUUUUUUAUCGGAACUCACCAUCAUGAACAACGACAACCAAUCCCUUCCCACCAUCAUUGAACUCGACACCACCUCCAAACCCGCCAAGUAUGACGGCACUCGCGAUGGCUUCAAAUGCCUUGCGUGGCUAAAGGAGGUGCAACGCUACUUUACCAUGAAGAACGUACCUGACAGAAAACGCACCAUUCAUGCCGUCAACCUCCUUAACCAAACCUCUCUCCUCUGGUGGGAAUCCCUUAACAUCGACGACACCUGCGAGUACCUCACCUUCACAACCUUGUUAAAGAAGGCAUAUAUGCCUGACGGCUUCCUUGAACACGUCCGCGGCCUCCUCCUCAAUGCCAAGCUCACCACCAACCUCGCCGAGUACCUUACCCGCAUCCGCCUCUAUAUGAACAUUUUACUUGCGGAGGAUCCCACCGGCCGCGUCUUCCUUGAAUCCACCGUCAGAGUUGUUUUUCUCCAAGGCUGCCCCGACGACCUGAGGCAAUUACUUCAGACUGAUCAGGUAUCUAACCCCAACAACACUUUUUUCGACAUGUGCUCCAAGGCUGAAGGAUUUGACACCAUCUAUGCUUUCGGACCCAGAGGCGCCACCAAGGGUAUGUUCGCCAAGGCUAUGAAUAACAUCCGCUCACAAACCCCGACCUCCAACUCAGCCCCAACCUCCGCCCCCGCCUUCGACCCAAUGGCGAUGGAGAUUGAUAACAUCAGUGUCGACCCCACCACCCGCGCACUCAUGUCCUCGGUCCAGUCCCUCACUAUCGCUGUCAACGCUAUGGCAUCCCAGUUCAACAACCAGCAACAGCAACAAAACCGCCCGCGCCUUGCCCGCCUCACCGAUGAAGAAAGACUAUACUUGGAGAACAACAACGGCUGUUUCAAGUGCCGCCGACCCAAUGCCGGACAUUACUCCUGGGACUGUGGGAAAAACCGCAAUACGCCCCGACCUCCCAGGUCCCAGGCCGUUAACAACAUUGCUUACGCGGGCAACCCCCCAACAGACCAGUCGGGAAAUGCCCCCAGCAACUAG